UGCCUGCCCAGUGGGCGGAGUUCCAGCCUGCCGGAGGUUCCAAGAUGGCGGCGGGUGCGUGAGGCGCGAUACUCCGCGCGCGAUUCCCUCUUGCUGGCGCUUGCCGCCAUGAAGGGCAAGGAGCGCUCGCCUGCCAAGGCCAAACGGUCCCGCGGUGGCGAGGAUUCUUCUUCGGCGCGGACCGAGCGGAGCAGUAAGAAGCCCAGCAACGGCGGUGGGAAAUCUGCGGGCGGCGGCUCGGGCGAGGGCGGUGGCAGCAGUAGUCGGCGGAGCCUUCAUCUGGAAAAAGCGAGCCGGGCCAGUAGCCGUGAAUAUGAAUCGGCCGCGGUCGGAGGCUCUGGGAGCGGCAGCGGCCGCCACGGCUACGGCGGGAGCAACAACAGCAAAAACGCGGAGUCUUCCUCGUCCUCGCGUGGCAGCAGCGGCCGCGGCGUCGAUUCCCGCGCGCCCCCCUCCGACUCCGCCGGCAGCAGUGAGUACAAGACGCUCAAGAUCAGCGAGCUGGGCUCGGCGCUGAGCGACGAGGCGAUCGAAGACGGCCUCUUCCACGAGUUCAAGCGCUUCGGAGACGUCAGCGUCAAAAUCAGCCGCCUGCCCCCGGGCACCGGAUCCGGCGACGAGCGGGUGGCCUUUGUCAAUUUCCGCCGCCCUGAGGAUGCCCGGGCUGCUAAGCAUGCUCGCGGCCGCUUGGUCCUCUACCAUCGGCCGCUGAAGAUCGAGGCCGUUUAUGUAGGGGGCAGCAGCGGAGGGGGAAGCAGCCGGCGACGCGGCAGUCGUUCCCCAGCGCUUUUGGACAAGGAGUCUCCCUAUGGGGCCUCAGCAGUGGGGGUGGCGGGGGCAUCUCCCGCCACUAUCAGGCACCCUGCAACUGGGGCCACCCAGAGGGCCCUCUCGCCUGCUGGCGGAGGGGCAGGCUUAGGGUACAGAGACUUCCGAUUGCAGCAGCUUGCCCUGGGUCGUCUGCCCCCGCCGCCUCUGCCCCGGGAGCUGGAAAGAGAACGAGACUACAGCGGUUUCUAUGAUCGGGUGAGGCCCACCUACAGUCUGGAUCGAGUUGCUGGAGUGGCGGCCGCUGCGUUUCGUGGGGUUGGUACAGGAACGGCCACUGAAGAAGAGAUCAGUCCUGAAGAUGACCAGAGAGCUAAUCGCACCCUGUUUCUGGGUAAUUUGGAUAUAUCGGUUACAGAGUCAGACCUUCGUAGGGCUUUUGAUCGCUUUGGGGUUAUCACCGAAGUGGAUAUUAAGAGGCCAAGCCGGGGUCAAACUAGCACAUACGGAUUUCUUAAAUUUGAGAAUUUGGAUAUGGCCCACCGGGCUAAGCUUGCCAUGUCUGGUAAAGUGCUGUUGCGCAAUCCUAUUAAAAUUGGUUAUGGUAAAGCAACCCCCACCACGAGACUCUGGGUGGGUGGUCUGGGACCCUGGGUACCAUUGGCUGCUCUUGCCAGGGAGUUUGAUCGCUUUGGUACUAUUCGUACCAUUGAUUAUCGUAAAGGUGACUCAUGGGCCUACAUCCAGUAUGAGAGUUUGGAUGCUGCACAAGCUGCUUGUACCCACAUGCGUGGCUUUCCUUUGGGUGGGCCAGACCGUCGCUUGCGUGUGGACUUUGCUGACACUGAGCAUCGGUAUCAACAGCCCUAUUUGCAGCCAUUGCCACUUCCACCCCCUGCUCACUAUGAGCUGGUAGCAGAAACAUCAGCUUUUGGAGCACAUCGUGGAGCCCCACCAGAUCCACUCCGAGGUGCUCGGGACAGAACACCACCACUGCUCUAUGGUGAUCGUGAUAGAGACUUAUAUGCUGAAACAGACUGGGUGCCUCCUCCACCUCCAGUUCGGGACCGAGGCAACCGAGCAACUGUGUAUGAUGCACUUGAAAGUCUGGAAAGGCGUCGAGAUGGUUGGUCUCUAGAAAGAACUCGUGGGGAAAGAGAGCUUGGUAGUAGUAGAGACCCACCUAGGAAGCGAAGGCUAGUGGAGGAUGGGGGUCGACAUUUGGAUCGAUCACCAGAUAGUGAACGUUCAUCUUCAUCUCGUAAGCGUCACUGCCCUGCUGUAGCAUCUCCUCAAGAUCGUAGUCCUGAAACAGGCUUAAUCAGAGACCGCUAUAAUACUGAUACUGAUCGGCCCUCUUCUCGUUUACUCUUGUUGGAUCGUCCUUCACCAGUCAGAGAGCCGCGUAAGGGGAGUUUGGAAAGAGGCCAGAGUGAGAAGCGGGAACAUAAGAGUUUGAUGGAAAAAGAAAGAAAACAUCGCACACUUGCAUCAACUGCCAUCCAAGAGUGCAAGAGUCCAGCUAAAAAGGAUGAGCAUACUUCUGAAGGGAAUAGUAGCAGUGGAUCUCGGCUGAAGCCACCCCAAAAGCAGCAACAGCAGGAUGGAACCUCAAAGUCGGGAUCAUCUACCAAACUCUGCUUAGCCUGGCAAGGAAUGCUUCUGUUGAAGAACAGCAACUUUCCAUCAAACAUGCACCUGUUACAAGGUGACCUCAGCGUAGCUAGCAAUCUGCUGGUGGAAGGAACAACUGGUGGCAAAGUGGCCCAACUAAAGAUCACACAGCGUCUUCGUUUGGACCAGCCCAAGUUAGAUGAAGUUACCCGCCGUAUCAAAGUAGCAGGACCCAAUGGAUAUGCUAUUCUCCUUGCUGUGCCUGGUACCACAGACAACCGUGCCUCAUCUGGGGCUGGUGAAGCUAAUACCACCUCUACCCAGCGGCCAUUAAGAAACCUGGUGUCCUAUCUUAAACAAAAACAGGCAGCUGGAGUGAUAAGCCUCCCAGUAGGAGGCAACAAAGACAAAGAAAACAGUGGAGUCUUGCAUGCUUUCCCCCCCUGUGAUUUUUCUCAGCAAUUCCUGGAUUCUACAGCAAAGGCCCUGGCUAAAUCGGAAGAUGACUAUUUGGUCAUGAUCAUUGUUCGUGGUGCUUCUUAAAGUCCUAAUGCUUUCUGUGCUUAUCCUGCUGCUUCAUACAACUCCCCCCUCCUCCAGUGUCUGCCAGGUGCUAAGCCUUAGCCAAUACCCUAAGUAUAAUUUUAGAUCUGUAGUUACUGUUAUUUUCCCUUUAUUUUCUAUAAACUCUAGAGAGCAGAUAUAUUAACUGUUCACUAGGCUACCCUCAACUGUCUUGCUAGUGACAGUAUAGUAAAAGGGAUGGCUUGCUUUCACUAAAAUAUGAAAUAUUGAACAAGCUUGCCUCCCUCUUUUUUCUUUUUUCUUUUUAAUUUGUCCUUGUUCAUUUCACAACUUUAAAGUAGGUAUAAAAUCUUUUCCUAUACUUACGUUCUAAAUUGCCAUACUUAAAACAAAAAUGGUUCAUGCCCAUUCUGAGAGCUGCAGCUUCCAUUAAACUAUAGUUAUGAUUUCAGAAUAAUUCCUAGUUUACAAAAUGUAAAAUUAAAUUGAAUUAACUCAUGGUCGAGUCCAUGUAACAGCUGAUAUUAAGCCUUGAUGGUGCACUGUAGUUUUCUUUCAGUUGGGUUUUCAGUUUUUGUUCCCAAAUUCAGAGAAAUGAAUACCCUUGAAAAAUGUUCCUAAAUGGUAUUUUGCUUUGUUGAUUUUUUUAAAAAACUUGUGUGCAUUUAAGGGUUGUAGUUGUAAUGAGAGCUUUACUAUAACCCAUGAACAUCAUGAACUUCUGUAUUAAAGAAGCAGGUGGUUACUGGUAUCAUUGUUUUUGCCCAUUACUAAUUGUAAUAGGCACAAUGAAUUCUAAAGUAUAACUUGGGAACACAAGUUUCAAAGAUGGCACUUAACUUUCAUGAAAAGUUCUGCCACAUAACCAUUUCAAUUAUCAUUCUAUCCCUGUGGAAAUAGAAAAGAAACUUAACUGCUCAAUAUUUUCCAGGUAAAAUAUAAUAGGCAUUAUGCGAGGUUUUAUAGUCUGGUUUGCACUGUUUUAAUCUUGACACUUUUGCAUUCACUAAAAAAACAUAAUUCGAUUGAAAGUAAGCCUUUAAAAGCAGUUCUUUUUAAAAUAUGUGAUAAGACUUAGGAGGAAAGAAUCAACAGUUUAAAUGUGUGACUUUUUGCUUGGUCUCUUUUCUAGUCCAAUAUUUUUGUUCAUUUGUAAAGCCACUGUAUAGUAAUAAUAUGUUUCUCAUGUGUAAACCAAUUCUCAAAUUUGAAUAAGUACAAUUACGAUAGUUGAAAAGUGGCUUAAUGAAACACUGCUCAAUGAAAUAUUGGAAAAUAUGCUAUUCUUAAAGUAUUUUUUUCAAGUAGAGCCUCACUUCUGAAACUAUUACACCCUUUCACUCUUUAAAAAUGUGGGUAUAGUAACCUAAAUCCCACAAUUCUGAAAUACAAACUGAAAAUAUAAAUUGUUCUGUAAUAAAUGAAACUUGGAACUGUGAACCAAAUUAAAUCCAGCCACUGUUAUAGGCAGAGUCACUAAGACAGAUUUGUGUGCCUGUACUGCAUAAUAUUAUUGGAUUAUCCAUAAUACUGCAUUUGUCAAAUGCAAUAUGCUAGUGGCUACAUAAAGAGUUUUCUUAGUGUAUUUAUUUGGAUAGGGAAUUUGCUCUAUGUUGAACUAAUAUAUUAAUUUGAAAGCCAUCCUUGUAUUUUUUUGGAAAAUCUUUAAUAUCCGAUUCGAAAGUCAAACUUGUUGGCAAUAGUAUGCAUACUGAUGUGCUCUCCUUGUUAAAAAAAUCCUUCAGAACUUGAAUUUGAGGAAAAGUGAACAUACUGGCAUUUUAGGCAACCUUUGGGAACCGGUGUUGGGAAACCCUACACCAUGGAUUUCUUUUUCUAUUUUAAUUGAAAAUUAUGUUCAGUGCUGCUUCUUAUGAUUUGAACUGGGUUAAGGAUAUGUGAAAUGGGCAAUUCAGCUUUCCAAACCUUUUAUCUAAGAUUUUUUUUUAAAGAAAGAAGAUAGUCCAGUAGUAGCUAUAGAAAGAAAGAGAAUGUUAGGAGUCCAAUUUAGACUAAAAUGAUAACCAACAUUGGAUGGCUCAGCACUUAGUUAUAGCUGCUAUAGCUUUUUGUUUGUAUUAGAAUAACAGCAGUGCAAUUAUUCAUUUGAGCCAACCUCCAAGACUUCAGCAUAGCAAAAGUUAAGUUUUGUGACACAUCUGUAUGCAGAAAAAGAGGAUUGUGAUCUUUUGUAUAUGGUAUUAUGAAGCGUUAAGGCAAUGUAUAUUUGAAUGCUGCAGAUGUUCAGAAAUUUGUUUCCAGAGUUAUAACAUUAGGAUGGAGAAUGUGUUUUUUCCUGACAGUCACUUAAUACCACUUUUGGGGGAGCUGGGUAAAAAAAUCUUAACUGGCUUGAUGUCCUUAGGAUUUAAAUUCUAUAAUUGGAAACUUAAGAGUUUGGGUCACCCCCCUCCCCCAAAGUUAACUAGGAGCUUUGCAUUUUGACAGUUCAUCAUACAUGGCUGGCUGUCAGUGGAGUAUCAAUUUAAGGCUACCUCAUUUACCAGGAUCCACUUUUAUGUUUAUACAAUUGCCUCCCAAUUUGGAUUAUCAAAAUUUGGAACACCGGGAGGCAAGAUUAGCAUUUUUAAAGCCAAUAUAUUUAGCAUGGGUCUUUUCUUCCCAAGAUAUAUAAGGGGGAAAGGAAGAAGCCUUCCUUAGGAAUUUAAACAAGUAGUAGGAGUUUGACUAUGUUUUAAGAGUAAAAGAAUGUAGGAAUACAUCUGAAUUGGAUAAAAAUGGAAAAGUUAAGGGUAGCCACUUAAGUGUACAAAAGAAUAAUCCAUGUAGGGUGCCUGAUUGAAUGGAUUGCAAAAUUAUAAAGUAAUUUGAUGUAUGUUAAUUUUUCUUGCCUUCGGUUUUCUCCCCUGUAAACAAUAUUAGCUGCUCCAGAUGUGUCACUGAAGAUAAACAUUUCCCUUUACAUUAUCCAAACUAAAGUAUUUUGGAACAACUAGAAAAAUGUACACAGAUGUGGGUUGAAGCGAAUCCGAUGCAUAUUUUAGCUAGUUUUCUCCAGUAAGUAAUGAGUCUGUAGUUGGAGAUAACAUAGCAAUGUGAAAAAAUACACUUGCAAACAGAACACUAAAUAUCAUGUUCUUGUUUGACUUUUUGAAAAUGAGAGAAAUUGUAUGAAUUGUGAAAAUUCAGUUGAUUUUUCUCCUGUAUGUUUUUUUGAACUAGUACAGCUGAUUUUUUUUCAAUCUCUACCCUAUAUUUUAACUCCCUGAACUACUAUUUGUGCAUUUAUAUACAGAUGUUAAUUCAUUUCAAAAGCUUUGUGCCAGUGAAGGGUGAUUGGUGUUUUCAGACAUUACUUAGAACGUUAAUAGCCUUGUAGUUCGAACAGUUAUCUGUAAAUGUAGGGGGAAGAUCUCUUGUAAACAUUUGUACUGAAUAACCUCUUCUUUCCUCCUGAAAGCAAGGCUAGUGAAGUGCUGAAGACCACAAGGGAUUCCAAACUCUAAUGGACCUUUGCGAAGAAAAGCGUUGGCUUAUGUGGAAUUUACAUGGGCCUCAUGGAAGAAAGCUUAUCUGUUUAGUAUUUGUGCAUUUUACUAAAAUGGCAGCUUAAAAAGUUGUGUAUCUGCUAUUUGUGAUGCCAAUGCCCAUGUUUUAAAGUGGAAAAUUGACCUCUUUGCUUUGUGCUGUGUACACAAGAUUUCUGCAAAAGUAAAGGAAAAAAAACCUUUUUAUGGCUCACACAGCUUAAAAUAGCUGUCACUCAAAACAUGCGCUCACAGUCGAGCUGAUUUUGUUUCAUUCUAAAUAAAUUGUUUCUUUUGAGGAAAGUGGUUUUUCUGCCUGGAAAUGAAUUGACGACAAACCUUUGACCCCUUUGUUUGCAGCUGUGGGGGUACUUUACAACUGCUCCUGCUGCUCCUCCUCCUCGAUCUGAUAGUUGUGGGUCUCAGACAAGAAACAGGGAAACCUUCGCUUUGAUAUUGACCAUCUUUUGUAUCAGAUCUGAAGAAAUCUAGUUUGUUGUGUUGCUGUGUCCUCUUGUGUACGGUGAAUGGGGAUCAAUGGCUGCUAUCUCCUCAUCUUUACGAGGAAAUGGUGCUGUUGCUGGCAUGCAAGAAGCAGGGAAAACAUCUUAAGUCUCAGAACAGUGUACAGAUCUGGGACUGUUGAUUUUGAAGAGCUGGAGUUCCUGAAUUUUAAGUUCUUGAUUUAUUUUGUUCACCUAACUUGUUUGGCCUUAGUUCUGAUUUUAAUUUGAAGAAAGUUUGAAAUUGCUUUGCAUCUUGCUCAUAACCUUUUCACCAAAUUGAAAAGAAAAAAUAACUCAUAAAAAAAUAUUAAAUGAUAGCGCGUUUCCAGACACAGUUGAAGAGCUCCUCCACCACCAGGGGCUUUUCUUCAGAGUUAUGCAGUCCUGGGUGUAGUUCUGAAUGGAAGAAGAGUUCCUGAGAGCUAGAGCGCUGUCAUUUAAAACCUGUACGAUUGUUAUUGGUGCUCUUACUUGACCCGUUUUGAAGCAAAUGGUCUACACACCUUGGAUGUGCAUGCAACCUUGAUCGUAGGUACGGCUGCAAACUUUUUAGUUUGUAGUACAGAUGAUAUCAGGAGGAAAAAAAAAGUGGUGAAACUUUGAAAAAAAAAUGUGCUAUAUUUCCUGCAUUUGGGGAUCUUGAGCUUUGGAAAGCUGUUCCCACUGUGCAGGAGUACAACUCUUUGCUGCAGGAGACUUCGGGGCACAGUUGACUACACAUCACCAGAGGUCAAGAGGAAGCGAACAGUGCUGCACCUGCAUCGUGGCUGCAGAAACUGCAUUUGUUUCCCAAGUCUCUUAGAAUUAACUAGUUGCCAUUUGACAUGCAGAUGGAAGACAUCUUGAAAUGCAAGCUUGCUCUGGUUGCCUUGAAAUGCUUAACCUAUUGUGGAUAAAGAACACUAGUGCGGUCCUAUAUCCAUGCACGAUGAUUGCUAGGCAGCAGGUGCUUAUCAACCAAGGAUGCUACGAUUGUGUUCCACAAAAUAUGGGUUCCCAUGGCAAACUGCUGUAUAAAACUCUUAAACAGGAUUGGUCAGCCCCUCUGGACUGAUUAGAGGGACAUCUUUAUCUGAAAGGAACUCCAGGCAACGUACAUGAAGAUAGGUCUUCAUUUUAUCCCCACCACAUUCCUAUGAGGUUCCAAGAAUAAUGAAAUGGAUGAAACAAGGAAACAUAUACCAGUCAAAAUGAAGGACCAUGCAUAUGUCUGUGUGUAAUCAUACAGCCAACCUGAGCCGAUGUCUUAUUCCAAGGUAAAUAUAUUUCAUCCCUUUAAUAUUUCUUCAUGCCAUGUUUAUUAAAUAAUAAUCUGUUUCAAUUUUUCUUUCACCAGUCUGUUAAUUUUUCUGCUUGCUCAAUCUCUGUAUGUUAGGAUCUGCUACUGCAUCCCACAUUUGAGUACAUUGUUCGACAGCAAAGAAGAGAUGGUGGCUUUUGCAGCAGUAUUGAGCUAUGGAGUACUUGAGUGGUGCAGACUAAACAUUCUUAUACACCCACAUAUAAGGACAUUUUAAUUUUGGUGAAUUUUAUGUAACGUAUAUAGAAUGAAUCCUGGGCUAUGAAAUACCUUCUGAAACAUAUCCUGAUUAUACCAAAUAAUGUUACCUACAGAAUUAUUUAAAAACAGUACUUGCCAUUUUGUUUUCAGUUCUUUUCCUAAUAAAUCCAGUGUUCAUAUUUUACUUCCAGUGCAUAUUAUAAGGAAUGUUUACCUCAGCUCUUCAGAGGCAGUCCCUGCCCCAUUCCCUAGAAUAUGCUUCAGGUGUGGGUCCUGCAUUAACAUCUUUCACAGUGAAGACUGAUGUAAAGAUUCCAGUGAUACAUCUGUUUGGCUGACAGCUAUUUAAAAUACAGAUUUCGGCUGUGUGUACGCCCAUAAGGUUUUUUUUUGAGGAACUAAGCUACUCAUUUGGACCUACAAGGAGAUUUGAACUAUACCACAAUGUCAAUGUGUUAUGUGAUUUGGGAUCACAUUCUAGCUGCUUGUCUAUUAAUAGUCAAAUAUGCCUAGCAGCUUUCAAAGCAGGAAAUGAAGUCCCUGACACCUGACUACAUUUCAGAGGUAUUACAUCUUUGCCUAUUGUUUUAUAAGUAUAAUAAGUCUCAUUUCACAAAAGUAUAGAUGGAAGAUAAAAGGUCAAUGACAUAAAUGUUUUAAAAUGUAUUUAUCAAAUUUAUAUAGUCAUUGACUCUAGGCAGUGUUGAAAAUCAAGUAGGUUAAGUUGUCCAAAUAUAUUUUAGGGGUUUAGCUUUCCAUAAAUAUUUCUUAUUAAUUACUCUCUAUGAACUAUUUAUUGAAAAUGAGCAUUGUUUUUUGUUUCAGUGCACUAGUAUGAAAUACUGUGGGUGGGUUGAAGAGGAUUACAAUCCAGGAAACUCGGCACAGGAAACAACAGUGCAAGAUAUCCACCACUGAAAAUGGCAAAAGUUACAGAGUAACUCAUAAGUAAUGGGAAGGUUGUAGCUAGAGGACACAGCAGAUUAGUGAGCCCGCAAAGAAUGAGACUUGCUGGUAGAUGCUCAUGCUGCUUGGCUGUGGCCUCGUUUGUCAGAUUUCUUAUCUGAGAGGUAAGUCUUCCAUCCAUUUAUAUUUUCAGUUCUAUCAUUAUCAAGAUUCAACACCAAAUUCCUGAUGACUCUCAUUCUCCCACAUGUCUCAAAAAUUGCCCAGUACGCUGUAUGAAAAAUUCCUGGAUGCUGUAGUGGAGCAUCUUUUCACCAUUAGAAGACUCUUUUUUUCCCCUUUCUUUUUUUCUUCAGCUCCACAUUCGAUUGAUUGAAGCCCAGUACAUGUAAUUAUAUGAAUGUUGAAUACUACAUUUUUGCUUUAUUUUUGUUAGGCAUAUGGAGCUGAAGUUCUGUUUCUAUCUGAUAUAUUCAUAUCUGAGAAUUCUAAACAUUUCUUCUAUGAUUAAACUGUACACUUAUUCACAAGCUCUGGUCAGUAAUUUUAUGGCAAAAUGCUUUGUUAAAUGAAAUUGGAGUUUAGAAUCUGGAGUAAUUGUCCAUCCCCCAAAUUGCCCAUUGGUAAGUUGUCUUGCUACAUAAGCUACUUGGUUUUUCCUCGAGAGUACCCAACAUCAGGUUUAAGGUGGAUUUGGCUCUGAUACCUCAGUUUCUUAACCCCUAUUCCGUUUUCAAGCAAAAUUUAAAGGAUUGGUUUAAAUUGAAAAUGAAUAAUAAAGUUAUUUUAACUAUUGGUUUAUCUCUUAAGAAAAAUAUGUAAUAAAGAUGGAAGCAGUUUUGUACUGAGGUGAUUUUUUUAAAGCUAAUAAAAUAUAAGAACAUAU